AUGUCGGCCGAAGAAGAGGCCCCGAAGCCAUCCAAGACGUACGAUGGGAGCUGCCACUGCGGCAACAUCAAGUUCUCGCUGACGCUCUCGCCGCCGCUGGAGGAGGGAUACAAGGUCCUAAACUGCAACUGCUCCAUCUGCCGACGCAGCGGCUAUCUCCUCAUUUACCCCGAAAAGAAGGACGUCACUUGGCACGACGGCUCCCGCGAGCGGUGUGUCAACUACCGCUUCAACACCAAGACCAAGGACCAGAUGUUCUGCGGCGGCUGCGGGUCGAGCCUGGGUAUCGACUUUCUGGAAGACACGUGUUACGGCAUCAGCGCACGUGCGCUGGAUGGCAUCGAUCUUGAUACGCUAACGUACAGGAAGCUGGAUGGCGUCAACAAGGUGUCGCCAGCGCAGGACCUGUCGGGAACCGAAACCAAGAAAGCUAGCACUCAGGCCUAG